UUCAGCCAAUGGGAACGCCGCCGCCGCCGCCGCUGCUGCUUCUUUCCCGCCGCUGCCACUGAGACGGGGCCCGGGGCCCGAGACCCCCGAACCCCGAGACCGCGAUGGGCUUCCUCAAGCUCAUCGAGAUCGAGAACUUCAAAUCGUACAAGGGCCGGCAGAUCAUCGGGCCCUUCCGCCGCUUCACCGCCAUCAUCGGCCCCAACGGCUCCGGGAAAUCCAACCUGAUGGACGCCAUCAGCUUCGUUUUGGGGGAGAAAACAAGUAAUUUAAGGGUGAAAACCUUGAGGGAUUUGAUCCACGGAGCUCCCGUGGGGAAACCCGCCGCCAGCAGAGCCUUUGUCAGCAUGGUUUACUCCGAGGAGGGGGCUGAGGAUCGAACCUUCGCCAGGGUCAUCGUGGGCAGCUCCUCGGAGUACAAGAUCAACAACCGUGUGGUGCAGCUGAGCGAGUACAGCGAGGAGCUGGAGAAGUUGGGCAUCCUCAUCAAGGCCAGGAACUUCCUCGUUUUCCAGGGUGCUGUGGAGUCCAUUGCCAUGAAGAACCCCAAGGAGAGGACGGCUUUGUUCGAAGAGAUCAGCCGCUCGGGGGAGCUGGCACAGGAGUACGACAAGAGGAAGAAGGAGAUGGUGAAGGCAGAGGAAGACACUCAGUUCAACUACCACCGCAAGAAGAACAUCGCUGCCGAGAGGAAAGAGGCCAAGCAGGAGAAGGAAGAGGCUGAUCGUUACCAGAGGUUGAAGGACGAGGUGGUUCGAGCUCAAGUGCAGCUGCAGCUUUUUAAGCUUUACCACAACGAAGCUGAAAUCGAGAAGCUGAACAAAGAACUGGGUUUGAAAAACAGAGAAAUUGAUAAAGAUAAGAAAAGGAUGGACAGGGUGGAGGAUGAGUUGAAGGACAGGAAGAAGGAGCUGGGCAAGAUGAUGAGAGAACAGCAGCAAAUUGAGAAAGAGAUCAAGGAGAAGGAUUCUGAGCUCAACCAGAAGCGUCCCCAGUACAUCAAAGCCAAGGAAAAUACCUCCCACAAGAUAAAGAAGCUGGAAGCUGCCAAAAAGUCUCUUCAGAAUGCUCAGAAGCAAUAUAAGAAGAGGAAAGGAGACAUGGAUGAGCUGGAGAAGGAGAUGGUGUCGGUGGAAAAAGCCCGGCAGGAGUUUGAGGAGAGGAUGGAAGAAGAAAGUCAAAGCCAAGGGCGAGACCUGACUUUGGAGGAGAACCAGGUGAAAAAGUACCACAGAUUGAAGGAAGAAGCCAGUAAACGAGCUGCCACUUUGGCCCAAGAGCUGGAGAAGUUCAACCGGGACCAAAAAGCCGACCAAGAUCGUUUGGAUCUGGAGGAGAGGAAGAAAGUGGAGACUGAGGCCAAGAUCAAGCAGAAGCUCCGAGAGAUCGAGGAGAACCAGAAGCGCAUUGAGAAGCUGGAGGAGUACAUCACCACCAGCAAACAAUCCCUGGAGGAACAGAAACGUUUGGAAGGUGAAUUGACGGAAGAAGUGGAGCUGGCCAAGCGUCGCAUCGACGAGAUCAACAAAGAGCUGAACCAAGUGAUGGAGCAGCUCGGGGACGCUCGGAUCGACCGACAGGAGAGCAGCCGCCAGCAGCGCAAGGCCGAGAUCAUGGACAGCAUCAAAAGGCUCUACCCUGGCUCGGUGUACGGUCGCCUCAUCGAUCUGUGCCAGCCCACCCAGAAGAAAUACCAGAUUGCAGUGACCAAGGUGCUGGGCAAGAACAUGGACGCGAUCAUCGUGGACUCGGAGAAGACGGGGCGGGACUGCAUCCAGUACAUCAAGGAGCAGCGAGGGGAGCCCGAGACCUUCCUGCCCCUUGACUACCUGGAGGUGAAACCCACAGAUGAGAAGCUGCGAGAGCUGAAGGGGGCGAAGCUGGUGAUUGACGUGAUCCGCUACGAGCCGCCCCACAUCAAGAAGGCGCUGCAGUACGCCUGUGGCAACGCGCUGGUGUGCGACAACGUGGAGGACGCGCGGCGCAUCGCCUUCGGCGGCCACCAGCGCCACAAGACUGUGGCUCUGGACGGGACCCUGUUCCAGAAGUCGGGGGUGAUCUCAGGGGGUGCCAGUGACCUCAAGGCCAAAGCUCGGCGCUGGGACGAGAAGGCUGUGGACAAGCUCAAGGAGAAGAAGGAGAGGCUGACAGAGGAGCUCAAGGAGCAGAUGAAGGCCAAGAGGAAAGAGGCUGAGCUGCGCCAGGUCCAGUCCCAGGCCCACGGCCUCCAGAUGAGACUCAAAUACUCCCAGAGUGACCUAGAGCAGACCAAAACCCGGCACCUCGCCCUCAACCUCCAGGAAAAGUCAAAACUGGAGAGUGAAUUGGCCAAUUUUGGGCCUCGCAUCAACGACAUCAAAAGGAUCAUCCAGGGCCGGGAGAGGGAGAUGAAGGACCUGAAGGAGAAGAUGAACCAGGUGGAGGAUGAAGUUUUUGAGGAGUUUUGCCGUGAAAUCGGGGUCAGGAACAUCCGGGAGUUCGAGGAGGAAAAGGUCAAGAGGCAGAAUGAGAUCGCCAAGAAGAGGCUAGAGUUUGAGAACCAGAAGACCCGUCUGGGCAUCCAGUUGGACUUUGAACGCAACCAGCUUCGAGAAGACCAGGAGAAGGUGCUGAUGUGGGAGCAGAGCGUGCGCAAGGACGAGGCCGAGAUCGAGAAGCUCAAGAAGGAGGAGCAGAGGCACAUGAAGAUCAUCGAUGAGACCAUGGCUCAGCUGCAGGACCUGAAGAACCAACACUUGGCCAAGAAAUCCGAGGUCAACGACAAGAACCAUGAGAUGGACGAGAUCAGGAAGAAGCUGGGGGGGGCCAACAAGGAGAUGACCCACCUGCAGAAGGAGGUGACGGCCAUCGAGACGAAGCUGGAGCAGAAACGCAGCGACCGGCACAACCUGCUGCAGGCCUGUAAGAUGCAGGACAUCAAACUGCCCCUGUCCAAGGGCACCAUGGACGACAUCAGUCAGGAGGAGGGCAGCGCAGGCAGCGAGGAGCCCGUGAGCAGCUCCCAGCGCAGCUCCAGCCUCUACGCCCGUGAGGCCCUGAUCGAGAUCGACUACAGCGACCUGCCCGAGGAGCUCAAGGACGCCCAGGCCGAGGAGGAGAUCCGCCAGGAGAUGAACCAGCUGCAGCAGAGGCUGACGGAGCAGCAGAGCGUCCUGCAGCGCAUCGCGGCCCCCAACAUGAAAGCCAUGGAGAAGCUGGAGAGCGUCCGGGACAAGUUCCAGGAGACCUCAGAUGAGUUCGAGGCAGCCCGCAAGCGCGCCAAGAAAGCCAAGCAGGCGUUUGAGCAGAUGAAGAAGGAGCGUUUCGACCGCUUCAACUCCUGCUUCGAGUCCGUGGCCACCAACAUCGACGAGAUCUACAAGGCCCUAUCCCGCAACAGCAGCGCUCAGGCUUUCCUGGGCCCAGAGAACCCUGAGGAGCCCUACCUGGACGGCAUCAACUACAACUGCGUGGCCCCGGGCAAGCGCUUCCGCCCCAUGGACAACCUUUCAGGGGGAGAGAAAACAGUGGCUGCCCUGGCCCUGCUCUUUGCCAUCCACAGUUACAAACCGGCUCCUUUCUUCGUGCUGGAUGAGAUUGACGCCGCCCUGGACAACACCAACAUUGGCAAGGUGGCCAAUUACAUCAAGGAGCAGUCAGCUGCCAACUUCCAGGCCAUUGUCAUCUCUCUCAAGGAAGAGUUUUACACCAAAGCCCAGAGUCUCAUCGGAGUUUACCCUGAGCAAGGUGACUGCGUCAUCAGCAAAGUGCUGACCUUUGACCUCACCAAAUAUCCUGACGCCAACCCCAACCCAAACGAGCAGUGACCGGGACACCCCCGUGACCCCUGUGUGACCCCCAUCACCCAUAGGUGUCCCCCCAUCACCUCUGGGUGCCCCCCGUGACUCCAGCACCCACAGGUUCCCCCCAUGACCCCUGUGUGACCCCAGCACCCACAGGUGCCCCCCCAUGACCCCAGGAUGCCCCCCCAAGCACCCAUAGGUGCCUCCCACUAUAGGUAGAAUGAUGCUGGCGCUUCUCCUAGGCUCUGUGAGGGGCCUCCCCCAAUUCCCUACAGCCCCCCCUUGAUUCUCUACGUGUCCCCCCUGAUUUUAUAUGGCCCCUCCCCCCCAAAGUUGCUGCCAAUAAACUACUUGGUUUCACCA